CACGAGGGUGUCAUAUGCCGGAAAGCAGGUCUGAUAACAUCUUUAUUAAGGUCCUCAGUACAAAGCAGCUGUGUGACAGUGCUCCUGGUCGCUGUCAGCUGCAACUCCAACAAUAUAUCUCUCACUCUACCUGAAAUAACCAUCAGGGCCAAGUUUCUCCUGAACUGUAUGAUACGGGAAGAUGCAAGCAACACUGUCACAUGUGCUGGGACUUCUACUGUGCGUCACGCUGUCGAGCCAGGCGUCACAGCUGCGCCCGUGGGCCGAGUGGAAGGCUGAGUACAGCAAGGUGUACGACAGUCAGGAGGCAGACGUCAACGCCUUUGCCGCUUGGCUGCGUAACACGGAGUACGUCACAGCUCACAACAACCAACCUCACCACACUUUCAAACUGAAAGUCAACAAAUUUGGUGACAAGAUAUUUAAUAUCACACCAGGCGUUCACACGCUGUCUAAUGUGCUUCGCUUCAUGCCCCGAUUGCCCCAUCCAAUCGUCACCCCCAAACCCCCUGCAAGUUGGGACUGGCGAACCAAGGGAGUCAUCUCACCUGUUCAAAAUCAAGGACAGAUGGGUUCAGCAGAAGCAAUAGUGAUUGCAGCGGACUUGGACAGUGCCUUGGCCAUCACUUCCGGUAGCCUCAAGAACCUGAGUGCUCAGGAGGUAGUAGACUGCUGCAGCGUAACACCCGGUUUACUCGACUCCAACGUCUACAAGUGUAUCUUCAAACUCGGGGGUUUGUGUACAGCAGCAGACUACCCUCAGCGUUCCUCUGGCUCCUGCCAUAGUCCAAAAUACUUUUACUACAACGGCGUUCGUGCCCAAAAAAACGAGACAGCGAUGGUACUGGCCGUAUUGAAAACACCUCUUGUCGUGUAUGUGGACGCCUCGCUCGCCAGCUUCCAGAUGUACCACAGUGGAGUGUACUCUGACCCCUCGUGUGGCGCCACCAUCGACCACACUAUGCAGCUUGUAGGCUACGGGACUUCACAAGGACAGCCUUACUGGAUACUGAAAAACAGCUGGGGUGUUGACUGGGGCAUGUCUGGGUACAUGCUAAUGGUGAGAGGUCGUAACAUGUGUGGUGUGGCUACCAUGGCAAAAUACCCCAGUGGUGCGUCACCACCCGAGAUACAUCCACAUUAA